GAUGGCCUGGUCCAAUGGAUAAUGAUAUUCGGGAAAGGGAAACAGCUAUUUACUCUGUCUGUUAAUGUAAGUUUUGUAGCAAGGGGUGUCUAGCCACUCUGUGUGUGAUAAGAUGCCCAUGGAGACGGAAUACCCCAACGAGACGAUGGUGAGCCACUUCUUCCUAGAGGGGCUAAUGUACACAGCUGAACAUCCUAGCCUCUUCUUUCUCCUCUUCCUCCUGAUCUAUACCAUCACCGUGACUGGGAAUCUCCUCAUUCUCAUAACUGUGGGCUCUGACCCUCACCUCCGCUCUCCCAUGUACCACUUCCUGGGGCACCUCUCCUUCCUGGAUGCAUGUUUGUCCACAGUGACAGUGCCCAAGGUCAUGGCAGGCCUGCUGACACUGGAUGGGAAGGUGAUCUCCUUUGAGGGCUGCGCUAUGCAGCUUUACUGCUUCCACUUCCUGGCCAGCACUGAGUGCUUCCUGUACACAGUCAUGGCUUAUGACCGCUACCUGGCUAUCUGUCAACCCCUGCGCUACCCAGUGGCCAUGAACAGGCGGAUGUGUGCAGGGCUGGCUGGAAUCACCUGGGCCACAGGCGCCGUGCACUCUGCACUCCAUACCUCCCUCACCUUCCACCUGCUCUAUUGUGGGCCUCACCACAUCGCCUACUUCUUCUGUGACAUCCCCCCUGUGCUGAAGCUGGCUUGUGCAGACACCACCAUUAAUGAGCUCGUCAUGCUUGCCAACAUUGGCAUCGUGGCUGCGGGCUGCCUGAGCCUCAUCAUCGUAUCCUACGUCUUCAUCGUGGCGGCCGUGUUGCGCAUCCGCACGGCCGAGGGCCGGCGGCGGGCCUUCUCCACGUGCACUGCCCACCUCACCGUGGUGCUCCUGUACUACAUGCCGCCUGUCUGCAUCUACCUGCAACCGCGCUCCGGUGGGGCGGGAGCUGGCGCCCCGGCUGUCUUCUACACAGUAGUCACUCCGAUGCUCAACCCUUUCAUUUACACUCUGCGCAACAAAGAGGUGAAGCGGGCUCUGAGAAGGCUUUUGUGCCACAGCUCCAGAGAGUGUCAGGCAGACAGUCCACCCCCCUGA